AUGCCCGUCUACUUGGUCCACGGCUUCCGCUGGCCGCGCGAAGGCUUCACGGGCAUCCGCGUCCACGCCGUGAUCAACAACCUCGACGACGUCAGCGUCGAGUACAUCCAGAACGCCAACUCGCGGCGUGACCUGCUGCGCUCCUUCCGCACGGCGUACCCGGAGAUCAUGAAAGAGCUGGACCACUCGGACCCGGACAGCGAAGUAUACAUGCAGCCUGGGAUGGCAGGCACCAAAGGCGGCAGAAGAUUAGAGUUCAUCGAACAGUAUAACCCGGAGGACGUGGACGGGCCGUACGCUGUCAGCCAGCCGUACGCGUACGUGGGGGACAAGGUCGUCGUCAUCGCCGCGGCCAGUCCGGCGGGCAUGCGUGAUGGGAUGAACGGCGGACCGGGAACCGCGCAGCAGCCAGACUCGCCUGGCCUGCCACGUGGCAGAACCCCCGGCCGCUCGGUAACGCAGCCCAUGUCCAAGUCCGCGCCGUUCAACUCGCCUGCGGAUAUCACGGCCUUGAGCGUCAACGUGGAAGAAGUCCUUGCCGAUGGGCCCGGGCUGACGAAUAAAGCCUGGGAAGCGCUCGCCGACCUGCGCGACAAGAUAGCCGAGGGUGAGAAGAUCGGAUGGUGGGUGGUGUACAACGGGGAUCCGGAGCGGUUCGUUGAGGAGGUGGACGACGAGGACGAGGACGAGGACGGGGACGAGUGCGAGUACGAAUAUGAUUACGAGUCUGAAGACGAAGAGGUGGAGGUGGAGGAUGUCCGGGGCUUCAAGCAGCAGCAGCAGCAGCCACAGAACCCCGAUCGAGGUGGCCCAAGAAGAGCGGUAGCGACCCCAGUGAGUCCUGCUACCGUCAGGAGCGCUGAGUCCUCCGCAGCAGCGAGAGGUCAUCGUCCCACAGGCAGCGAGAACGCCCCGAUCCCCACUUCUUUCACGGGAAUGGGAACAUAUCCUAUAUCCACACCCGCCGUACAGGUCCACCAACACAUAGCCUCACCACAGCGCAAUCACGCACGGCAACAACAACCACAGCAACAGCAGCCCCAACGCCAGCGCCAGUUAAGCUCCCCAGGGCUGACCGCCCUGCCCGUGCGACCGUCGCCUCCCCUGGUAUCAGGUCCAACUUUGGAGCAAGCAUCGUUACCAGCAGCACAAGCGAGUCGGUCACGGCCCAACACUGCCGCCUCUACCCCCGAAACCAAGGGCAAGCAGAAAGACCGCGAACGAGACGUCCCUACAGACCCGGCCAAGUUGAAAGAGAUCAGCAGAUCUCAGGGCUUGCGCAAGAAAUUCUUCGGCCGCCGGACCUGA